AGAGAAUAGAAUGUUUAAAAAAGGAGUAGCAGAGUUGAGCUUUCUGAAACACGAUAACAAUGACGGAGGUUCUCCGCCAGAUCCAUGGGGUAUUCCUGAAAGUCUUGCUGUUCCCAAGCACAUGGAGAGGAGCUGUGCCUCGACCCCCAGCCUCAGAAGUCCUGACCUGCCACCUGGCUCAACGCCAGCUGCCCCACUGGACCUCCUUCUGUGUCCCCUACCGCUCGGUCACCAACGAUCAGUUCGGCCUCUCGCACUUUAACUGGGCUGUGCAGGGCGCCAACUAUCACGUCUUGAGGACCGGCUGUUUCCCUUUCAUCAAGUACCACUGCUCCAGAGCGCCCCCACAGGACCUCUCCCUGCAGAACACCUUCUUCACAGUGCUGAAGGUCAUGAACUUAGGAAUCCCCACUCUGGCCUACGGCCUGGGGUCGUGGAUGCUGGUGGGAGCAACAGAGACUGUCCAGACCAGCACUGGGCCAGUCAAGGUCUACUUUCUGUACAAAGAAGAGGAGGGAGCGCGCUUUUAGUGUUUCUCCUGCAGGUACAGUGGGAAAGAGAGGCCCUAAAUUGUGUAUUAGAAGAAUACUGUAUAUUUCAACUAGUUUUAAUAAUAAAAUGUAUUUA